AUGCCAAUGCACGCCUUCACAAAACAACCAUAUGGCGAUCGAGCAUAUUCGUCUCUUGGAUCGAUCCUGGAUAACCCCACACACCUACUGAUGUCCUCCCAGGCGGUCGAGCGACCCGUUGGUGGAGACCUCGAUAUCUUGUCCGCUUCCCGGUAUCCCCAGGGACUGAUGCAGCCUUACGAUGAGAUAGAGGAGCAGAACCCAAGGAAACGAAAGGCAACGACCUCAAUGGACCAGCUUUAUGGCGGUAUCGUGCUGGCUGGGUCUGCCGCGAGCGGGAGCAAUCGUUCCUCCUCUGCCGAACAAGACACACCUUCGACCCAGAAGAAAGCAAAGUCCAUCAAGCGAGCCUCGACCAACGAAGGCGAUGAACAGGCAAUGGAGAAGAAGCAGAGGGGCCGUCCUAGGCUUGAUACCCACGAUGAGACAGCAGCAGACCGCCGUCGCACCCAGAUUCGGUUGGCACAAAGGGCGUACCGCCAUCGUAAGGAGACGACCAUCUCGGCGUUGAAGCAGAAAGUUACAGCCCUACAGAAUACAAUCGAACAAAUGAACAAGACCUUUCUGACUCUGCACGAUAACAUGGUCGACGCCGGCAUCCUGGCCUCUCAUUACGCUUUGGCCCGUCAGCUUCAGUCGGCCACGGAAGAAUUUGUUGCCCUCUCCAAGAUUGCAUCACCCGAGUCGGACGAUGAAGAAGAGGCCGCCAUUGCGGCUCUCACCCGGGGUGAAGGCAAGACGUCUCCCGAAGCAGGGGAGAAAAGGAACAACAGGCGAGGCAGCGGGCCCAAAGACGCAAAGUUGUCCUCGUCUACUACGAAAUCGUCCACCAAAAAGGCUGAUGUACGUCGCGCUGUCAGCUUCAACGACCGCGGCUCCCCUGAUGCAGAAGCUGAUAUGGAACAAUCACGCGCCACAAGCCAGCAGCCCGAUGACACCUUCCUCGCACCGCCGCAGACAGCCUGGACGAUGGACGACUCCAACAUCCACGGCCUGAACGACGUGCUCUCCUUCCACACCACCAUUCCCGAGACCGUUCUCUACGACGAUCCGUAUGAGAAACUCGUUGUUGAAAGACCUCUCAAUCCGCCGAACAGGCCCCAAGGCUCCUCCUACACGUACUCCUUCCAAGAGACGACGUUCGCGCGCCGCCUGCACCGGAUGUGUCUGGAGCGCGCGUUCCGCACUCUGACGAGCCCGAACAUCGACCCGGCGUACAUCAAGCGCGUCUUUCGCUUCACCUUUUGCUUCUCCAACCGCAGGCGCAUGCUCCAGCGGUUCCAGGAGAUGCUCAAGCGCCGGGCCGGCGAGUCGCUGGAGAACUGGAACGUGCCCUUCUUCCACAUCGGCGGCGCGGGCACCCACUUCCCUCGCCGUGACGACGACGGCAACCCCAUCUUCCCGCCCAACAUGGUCAGCCCGGCCAAGGCGUUCGGUCCGCAGCCGUACGUCGAAGCCGAGACGCCCCGGCUCGAGGCCUCGAUGCAGGAAAUGCUCGACAACAUCGGCUUCGGCGGCGUCUGGUUCGACAGCCACGAUGUCGAGGAAUACCUCAAGACAAAGGGGUUGUACCUGACGGGGCAGAGCAGCUUCGUCGAAGUCGACCCCGCGGUCCUCUCUCUCGUCAGAUCAACCAGUGCCACCACCAGCGACGGGACAUCCACGUCUGACCGCUCCCCGCUCGAAAACGCACUACGGACGCCCUCACCGCUACUACUCGCCGACGAGCGCUUCCCCGACCCGUUCAUCGCCCAGCAUGACCUGUCGUCGGAGCUGUACGCGCCUCUCCAGACCGCCGCAACCACGACCACGAGAGUAGCCACAGCCAGAUUGUUCCCUCCGGCCACGUCACGCGCCGAGACGCCCAAAUCCACCAACGGAGACGACGACAUCUGGGAGGCGAGUUUCCCGUUCCCUGGCGCUCCACCUACAUUCUCCGACCUUUUAGGCUCGAGGAGGCAAACUCCUCUGACGUUUGACGUGGAGAUGUUUCUCGAGCGCAUGGUCGAGGAUGGCGCCUGUCUCGGACGAGCCCCGGGGUUCAGGAAGGCGGCCAUUGAUGAGGCCCUCGUGGCGAGUCUGCAGGAGGGGUUCUAA